AUGAGACUGUUGUUCAAAAAAACGUCGGAGUCAGUGGAUUCUCUGUCAUCGGAGUUGCAAAAGUUGUCGGUGGAGGAGUGGUGCCCCGGAGUGGUCUCUCGCGCCGACAUAAUAGCCCUCGUCGCUCGUGACGCCGUCUUCUUGUCGAAUGGCCCGUUAUUCGAGGUUCCCACUAGUCGACGUGAUGGCCGCGUCUCGAAAGCGGAGGACGCCGAAAACUUGCCCGACUCCGAAGACACUAUCAAGACCCUCAAAGCGAAAUUCGAUAAUAAAGGAUUGACUGAGAAGAACCUGGUCAAUGUCAAGAUCAUGUUGGACUGGAACGGCGAGUUUCAAUUCGACGCACACAUUUUCACGAACUUCAAAGUUGGUCGAACCGUUAUAUCAUUGGACGACGUCGUAUACCAAAACUAA